CAUUUCCCACUCAUAUUCAAAUCAAAACCCUAGAUCCCCAAAUUUACAUUGUUCUUCAAAUUUUCUCGAUAAAAUGUCUGGUCGUGGAAAGGGUGGUAAGGGACUUGGAAAGGGAGGUGCAAAGAGGCACAGAAAGGUUCUUCGCGAUAACAUCCAGGGAAUCACAAAGCCCGCUAUUCGUAGAUUGGCGAGAAGAGGUGGUGUGAAGAGGAUCAGUGGUUUGAUCUAUGAAGAAACCAGAGGUGUGUUGAAGAUCUUUUUGGAAAACGUUAUUCGUGAUGCUGUUACUUACACUGAGCACGCGAGGAGGAAGACUGUCACUGCUAUGGAUGUUGUCUACGCUCUCAAGAGACAAGGAAGAACCCUCUAUGGAUUCGGAGGUUAAAACAGAAACACUCUUUUGUUUCUUGGUUCAGCUUUGUAAUUUUAUCAUGCAAUUCAAACUUCAAAUUAUGGAAAUACAGUGAUGUUUAGGUUGAUUUGUGACAUGUAAUUCUCAAUGAGAUGUAUGUGUAUUCAAAUUUAAUGAAAAGUAUUACUGUUUUAUUUCUGAUGAA